AUGAGCGAAGAGGAACGACCGGCCCGCGAGGUCAAGAACCACGUUCUCUUCGAGAUCGCAACUGAAGUUGCGCAUCGAGUCGGCGGUAUCUACUCUGUCAUCAAGUCGAAGGCGCCCGUCACAACCGCAGAAUAUGGCGAUCGGUACACUCUCAUCGGUCCUCUCAACCACCAAUCGGCUGCCGUCGAGGUCGAAGAGCUGGAACCGGUCAACGAAGAGCUUGCUAAGAGCAUCGAGGCGAUGAGAAGUCGGGGUAUCGGCAUCCUCUACGGACGAUGGCUUAUCGAGGGCGCGCCGCGUGUUUUGCUCAUUGACACCAAGACAGCAUACAAAUACAUGGACGAGUGGAAGACCGACCUGUGGAACAGUGCCAGCAUCCCCGCCCCACCCAAUGACGAUGAGACGAACGAGGCCAUCGUAUUCGGGUACUUGGUCGCAUGGUUCCUUGGAGAGUAUGUCUGCCACGAGAAGACCCGAGCUGUCAUUGCUCAUUUCCACGAGUGGUUGGCAGGUGUAGCUCUACCCCUGUGCAAGAGGCGCCGGAUUGAUGUUACCACCAUCUUCACCACUCAUGCUACACUCCUCGGUCGCUACCUUUGCGCUGGCUCUGUCGAUUUCUACAAUAACCUCCAAUGGUUUGAUGUCGAUGCCGAGGCAGGAAAGCGCGGUAUCUACCACAGAUACUGUAUUGAGCGCGCCGCUGCUCAUUCUUGCGACGUCUUCACUACUGUUUCCCACAUCACGGCUUUCGAAAGUGAGCACUUACUAAAGCGGAAACCCGACGGUGUCUUGCCCAACGGUCUCAACGUUACAAAAUUCUCCGCCAUGCACGAGUUCCAAAACCUGCACCAGCAGUCCAAGGAAAAGAUCCACGACUUUGUCAGGGGACACUUUUAUGGCCACUACGAUUUCGUCCCCGAGGACACCCUUUACUUCUUCACAGCCGGUCGCUACGAGUAUAGGAAUAAGGGUGUCGACAUGUUCAUCGAGUCACUGGCUCGUUUGAACCACCGACUGAAGACAUCUGGCAGCAAGACAACCGUAGUUGCCUUUAUUAUCAUGCCUGCCCAGACGACGUCCCUUACGGUUGAGGCGCUCAAGGGCCAGGCUGUCAUCAAGUCUCUCCGGGAUACGGUCGAUGUCAUUGAGCGUGGCAUUGGUCGUCGUGUUUUCGAGCGUUCGCUCAAGUGGCAUGAGGGCGACCCUUUGCCAGAUGAGAAGGAGCUUAUCACCAGUGCAGACCGUGUGCUGCUCCGGCGACGUCUGUUUGCCAUGAAGAGGCACAGUUUGCCCCCGAUCGUGACCCACAACAUGGUGAAUGAUCACGAGGAUCCUAUUCUCAACCAGAUUCGUCGUGUGCAACUCUUCAACCACCCCAACGACCGCGUCAAGGUCGUCUUUCACCCGGAGUUCUUAAACUCAGCUAACCCAGUCCUGCCUCUCGACUACGACGACUUCGUCCGAGGAACUCACUUGGGUGUCUUCGCGUCGUACUACGAACCCUGGGGUUACACGCCCGCCGAGUGUACCGUCAUGGGCGUUCCCAGCAUCACCACCAACCUCUCUGGCUUCGGAUGUUACAUGGAAGAGCUGAUUGAGAACUCGAGCGACUACGGUAUCUACAUUGUCGACCGCCGAAACAAGGGAGUGGACGACUCUGUCAACCAACUUACGUCGAGCAUGUUCGACUUCUGCCAGAAGAGUCGCCGUCAACGUAUUAACCAGCGCAACCGAACCGAGCGCCUCAGUGAUCUUCUGGACUGGAAGAGGAUGGGCAUGGAGUAUGUCAAAGCCAGGCAACUGGCUCUGCGUCGCGCCUACCCUGGAUCGUUCGCUGGUGACGGUGAGGACGAGGAGGACUUCAUCCCAGGUGUCGGUGAACACAAGAUCUCGCGGCCGUUCUCGGUGCCCGGAUCUCCUCGUGACCGCAGUGGCAUGAUGACUCCCGGCGAUUUUGCUAGUCUGCAGGAAGGCAGAGAAGGUCUCAGCACCGAGGACUAUGUUGCUUGGAAGCUCCCUGAGGAAGAGGACCCCGAUGAGUACCCGUUCCCUCUGACGCUGCGGCAAAAGAAGCCAUCCACCUCGGGAUCUGCUAGCCCCUUGGAUGGGAUCAAGCUGAACGGCAACUAG